AUGUUGGUUCGCCCUGAAGCGCGAGGGUUCGACACCCGGACAAUGUCACUGGUCGAGGCUCUUCAGGCCUUACAAACUUCUGAAUCUCUGCGGGCACAAUUAUAUCAUGCCACGAAUCUCCCAUGGCUUUAUCGUCGUUACAAUGAUAUGGAGCUCCAAAAUCUCAUUCCUUCAUUAUUGCUGCGCCUCAAAGAAGACCAGAGAUGCUACGACUUCCUGAAAUGGUGGGCCAAAGCCAUCAGAAAUCCGGACUAUAGCUGGUUCCAUGCUGAUCUCCCAUUCUUGGACACCUGA